GUGGAUAAGUAAACUUUAUUCGACGUUUGCAGCCCGUUAUCGACGUAUUUGUAACGGUGCCCCCACUUUUACUUCGGUCGUGACCGGUAAAAGUAGUAACGUCAUUUACGACACCACACUGCUGACUUCGCGCUCCAUUGCAAUUUUUAAUAGACACCGGGUGAGCACCGGUGUGUCCUCCGGAGGGGAGAGAGACGGGGAGAAAGAAGAACCACAGAGAGAGCAUCCCGAGAGCUCCUCCGUCACCUCCGUCAAGUCUGACAUGAAAAGCUAGAGCCCGACCGGAAUUACAUACUUCACUUAAACGUAAAAGCCUAACUCCUGAGUACGUAGGAUAAUCAGCCACGCUGGAAGUCGCCCCCCAUGUGGCCGUCGGGAGUGGGGAGCAGGCAGCCCUGCCCGCGGGAGUCGGCGCUGCGCAGAGCGGCCAUCAGCGGCAACAUCAACGCCCUGCCACCGCACCACGUCCCCACCGGCCGUAGCGUCCGGGUCUUCAUCUGUGCCAACCCCGACGACACAGAAGCAGAGAGGAACGCACUGAAAGAGCACGUCUACCCCAAACUACGAGACUUCUGCAGGGAGAACUAUGGGAUCGAAUUCCAGGUGGUGGACCUGUACUGGGGCGUAGAUCCAGAGGAGUGGGACAGUCCAGAGUUGCAGCGACUGAGAAUGAAGCUCCUGGAGGAAUGUCUGAAGACUUCAGCGGGACCGUGUUUUGUUGGUCUGGUGGGAGAAAAGUACGGCAGCAUCCGAGUGCCGGGGGAGGUGGAAUCAGCAGAGUUUGAGAUGAUCUUGGAUGCAGCUGUGGAGGCAGGGCUGGACACACACAUCUUGGAAGAGUGGUACUGCAGGGAUGAAAACUCUGUGCCACCCGCAUACUACCUCAAACCUAAAGCCCAAAUGCUUAAGAACUACCAGAACUCUAUGGAGUCAAGCAGCGCAGCCAAGACCAAGAAUGACAAGGCCUGGAGGAAUGUGUCAGAGGAGAUCAAGAGGAUCUUCCGAACGGCGGUGCUGCAGCUUCAGGAGAAGGGGACCAUGAAGAGCGCUCAGGCCAAGAAAUUCCUCUGCUCUGCCUUGGAGGAUGAAUUAGACUUUGCCCUUGGGAAACAAACUCCUGCCUUUCUCAGGAAAUGUGUCUGCUACAUUCGCAAGAUCUCCAACUUCGACCGCUUCGCCAAAAUCCCUGAGAUGGCCCGGUACAUGGAUAUCGUGGUCAGCGGUGACCGCAUCAUGCGCAACCAGGAAUCCUACGAACGCCUUCUGAAGGUGCGGGAUGAGUUCAUCCCAACGGUCGUCGCUGCAUCCAACCUCCGCGUCUAUUCUUCUGUCACUCACUGCGACAUGAAGCUGGGCUACUCCCAAGAGGUGGAGAGCCACUAUGUGGAGGGUCUGUGUAAGCAAUUCUACGAGGACAUGGUGGAUAUCAUCCAGGCCACGGUCCAGCAGAACUUUGACACAGAGACCGACCCUUUGUACGACGAGAUCCUGCAGCACCUGUCUCUCUGUAAAACCCACGCAGCGCUCUACGAGUACAAGACCGAGUCGUUGGAUUACGUGCAGGAGUAUCUUAUGCCGUCCAAGGGCAGCAGAAUGAGCCCUCUGGUGGUGUACGGCGGACCGUGCACUGGAAAGACACUGCUGCUGUCUGAGGCCGCCAAAGAGGCUUACACAUGGCUGCAGAAAGAGAUGGGCCCUGAAACCGACCCAGUGGUCAUUGUCCGUUAUAUUGGCUCCAGCCUGCUCUCCACAGACCUGCGCACCCUCCUCCAGAGCAUCUGUGAACAGAUUGCAAUAAACUACCGCUGCCUGAUUCACUUUUUGCCUAACAAGAUCCAGGAGAUGAGGGAGCUCCUGAUCAACCUUCUAGGGGAAUCCUCAUUCCACAGGCCUUUGGUCAUCAUUCUGGAUGCCCUGGAGCAGCUCUCAGAUGCCGAUGAAGCUCGUAAGCUGUGGUGGCUCCCCAUACACCUGCCUCGGACAGUCCGCAUCAUAGUCUCAACGUUGCCCAAUAAACACGGCAUCCUGCAGAAGCUCCGACACCUCAUCCAUGAUGAAGGGUAUUAUGUGGAAUUAAUUCAGAGGGACCGCAAGAUCUGCAGCCAAACAUUAAAGCAGCAGUUGCUGGGGGUGAAGAGGAAGGUCACCUCAGGCCAACAGAUCUAUGUCAAUGAGGCACUUGCCAAGUGUACAUUGCCUAUGUUUGUCAACCUCAUCUACAGAGAGGUAGUUCACUGGAGGUCUCACAAAGAUGUGGAUGACAGCUCCCUGUGCUCCACAGUGCAUGAUAGCAUAGAAAAGCUCUUCUACUCUGUAGGAAACAAGUUGGGCCAACGAUUUGUCAUCAGAGCCUUAGGGUACAUCACCAUGGCGAAAGCUGGACUAACUGAGGUCGAGCUAGAAGAUAUUUUGUCCCUGGAUAACAUAGUGCUUGGUGAUGUUAUUGUGGCAACUUACCUCAAAAACCCUUUGAGGAUCUCUUAUGACUUGGUUGCAAGACUCAAAGAGGAGCUGGAGGGAUAUCUGGUGGAACGUCAGGUACGUAACGUCACCCUGAUGGUCUGGGCCAACAGACACCUGCAUCUCAUUGCUCAAAAGCUGUAUCUCAGCCAUGAGGAGGAUGUCCAUCAAAUGCACAGCCUCCUAGCCGAGUACUUCCUGGGGGCAUGGUCAGGUGGCAGGAAGAAGAUCUUUACUUACGAUAACAACCAUUUCACUUCCCUUAACAUAUCUCAUCACAAAAACCCCCACCAUCAACAGUCACAUGAAAAAACAUCUUCUGACAAGUACUCCUAUGACAGGCAGACUCCCGAGCAGCCUUGGGUGUUCCAGUGCAACCUUUUAGAGCCUGACAUUUUCUUUGUCAACCACAGAAAGAUGACAGAGCUGGUGUACCACCUUACCAGGAGCGGGCGCACUGAUGACCUCAUGUUUGGUGUCAUCAUGAACUUCAGCUGGCUCUACACAAUGAUCAAGAUUGGCCAGUUUGAAAAGGCUUUAACUGACAUUGACCUAGCUUACAGCUACACCCAAGAAAAAGAACUGAAGUUCCUGGCCACUACUCUGCGUAGCAUCAAGGUAAAAGUGCUGAAGAAUCCAGCGUCACUGUCGGCAGAACUGCAGCAACGGCUUCUUCCAGUUGUCACCUCCCUCCCCAAGCUCAGACACCUACUCCUGGAGUGUGACAAAGAUGGUCCGAAGUACUGCUCCAUAGUGCCUCUCCACUCUUCUAUGGAUGUCACAUACAGUCCAGAGAGGCUUCCUCUGUGCUCUAGCUACAUGCAGAUUGUGGAGAUCUUGCCCACUCUUGCUCCAAACAUAGUCCUUGUAGCCCUCGAAGAUGGGUCUGUCAGUACCUGGGAUGUAGAGAGCAGACAACUAUUGCGACAGAUCGACACAGCCAGAUCCGUUGUGCUGGGAAUCAGACUAACCACUGAUGAAAAGUAUCUGGUCGUGGCCACAACCAAAAACACGCUACUUAUCUAUGAUAAUCACAAGUCCUGCCUUUUAUCUGAGGUCGAAAUCAAAGGGUCUAAGCAUGGUGGUGUCACUGGUGGGGUGGCCUUCAUCAAUGGUUUUACUUUGUCCACCCAUCAUGCUUUGGCUUGGCUUGAGGCUAGUAAAGACGUCAAUGUCAUUGACCUACUCUACGGAUGGCCUCUCUACCAGUUCCAUUGCUGGUAUGAGGUGACUUGUGUGCAGUGCUCUCCAGAUGGAAUGUAUGCCUUCUGUGGCCAGUACCUCAACACUGCAUCCAUCUUUCAUUUGGGAAAUGGGGACAAGUUGGCCACUGUGACCUCUGAGUUUUCUGGGGGGUUCGUCAAAUCCAUCCUUGUGCUGGACACCCUUAACCAAAUGGUGAUGAUUGACAAUGAAGGCAGUUUGUCAGUGUGGAACACAAAAGAGAUCACCAACCCGAGGCUGAUGGAGGAUUAUGAUUGUAGAGGGGAUGACAGUGAAGUGGUGGGCAUUGAGUUAUCAGAGGACCAGCGCGCCAUUCUCAUUUGCAAAGCCAGAAGUAUUGAGGUACUAGAUACAAAAGUAUGGAAAAUGGUAGAGAAGUUCAAAGCCAAACGUAGUGAACGCUUUGUUGCUGCUGUUCUCUCUAAGAAUGGACAAAGCAUUGUGGCGUCCAUGGAGAACACCUCUUCCAUCUUUGUCUGGAGGAGGGACAGUGGACAGUGCAUGGCUAGCCUGAUUGAGAUCUCAGGGGCUAUUGUCAAACUCAUUAAAUCAGUCCACCAUAACCUGCUGCUUUCUGUUGCAAGCAGUGGAGUGCUGUCUGUCUGGGACAUUGAUAUCAUCACCGCCAUGUCUAAUAUCGACAAAACAGGCAAGAAGAUUCAGACCUUGCUGCUGUCCGGCAGAGAGGAUUACGUGUUUACCAUGGACGGUUCAGAAGCUGUCCACAAGUGGAACUUCAGCACUGGCUUUAUUGAGACGGUCUUCAAGCACGAGGGUAUAGUGGAGAACUGUGUGCUAACCUCCUCAGGGGAUCUAAUGGUGACUUCAGAUGACAAGUCCAGCCAGUACAUUUGGCAAACCAACACUGGAGAAAACAUCUUCCGCAUCAACGGACAGAGAAUAUCACAGCUGCUAAUCACCCACAAUGACCAGUUUGUGGUGUCUCUCUGUGAGCAGAACGCCUCCAGAGUCUGGAGGCUCGCGACCGGGCACAAAGUGUGUAACAUCUUAGUCACCCUCCAAAAUGCAUUGAUCACUACGGCAAACACUUUCCUAGUGGGAACCUCCAAAAACAAGCUCCUCGCUGUCAGCCUGUGGUCGGGCAGCGUAUCCAAGAAGUUUGUCUGUGAUGAUGGUAUUACCAUCAUCAACUUCAAGCUCAUUCCUGACUGCCCCGACUGUGUGGUGUUCAUCACAUCCACAGAGACUGUCUUCAUCUGGAGUGUGGCAGAUGAGUCAGUCUGCAGGCGAGUUCAGCUGCCAACCAACUUCCUCAAAAAUCUAGAGGACUUCCAGAUCUCACCCAAUGGGAAACUAGGAAUUGUCUCCAAGGGUGAUGAGAAUAUUAACGUCCUUGACCUUCACAGCGGGAAGCUGAGGCUCGUCCAUGCUGCUGGUAUAAUCUGGCGUCAGAAAUUAUCUAGAGAUGGCCGUUAUCUAGUGUACGUCUGUUUCCGGAACUGUGAUGAGGAUGACGAUGCCGGUGUUGUGUCCAAUCUUAUAGUGAUGCGCCUUGCUGAUGGUAAGAGCAUCGGCACAUGCUCUCUUUACAAGACUCCCACCUUCCUGUCGCUCUGCCAGAGAGCACUCAACAUCAUCAUUGGCUUUGAAGACGGAAGCAUUGGUACUUACACAGUGGUGGACCGUGUGGAUGCUGCCCUCAAGAUAAAGAUAGCCACCUCCAACAGCCGACAGAUUGUCAACAAUGCCUCGCAGAAGGUACGGCCCAAGUGUGGCAACCAUUCCUUUAAGACCAUUGCUGACUGCGUUUGGAGGGAGUCGACGGAGGUCUUCUCCAGGGACAGCCCCAUCAACGUUUCUGACUCUGGUGAAGGUGAGUCAACCACGCCUACAAAAAAGACUGAACUGCUGCAGUGAUGGGGGACGAACAAAAAAGUAGGUGGAGUUAGGACAGAAGGGUGGAGAUAGAUGAUAAAGUUUAGAAUCUCUGGGGUUGCAGUUGAUUCUUGUUUACAGCCACGUGAUUCAGCUGCAGAUGUCAGCCCUCUGGGUAGUUAAUGGGCCGACCGUUUUAACGCUGCACUCAAAUUAUGUAUUACUUACUUCCAACUUAUGAUACAGUUUCUGUUUGUUUUACACAUGAAGACUGUUAGAAAAACACUUUGUUUUUGAAAAGAAGAAAAAAUUUAAACUCUGUAAGUUAUUAGUUUGCCAUUAUGUGUCCUUUUGCAUUUGAAGAACAAAGUUAUUAUUCAAAUGUCUCGGUCAAACAUUUUCAGAGCCAUUCCAGUGAUCUUAGCCACUUUCAUUGUACACUAUCUUUAUUUACAUUGUGCACAUUAAGCCAUAAUGUUGUUCUUAAAAGUGUAUAUUUAUGUUUGUAUUUACAUCAGUCGGUACUGUACAAAAUGGAAGAACUAUGAACAUAUGUACAUAUCUCUUUUUGGCUGCUGCAAUUUGUGCAACUCCUUAAAAAUGUUAUGUUGUGCUUAAUGCAAUCAAAGUGAGUGCCUGGAAUUUAAAAUGUUCUUUAUGUGCAGAUUACAAGAUUUAUGAAAAUGCAGGGAAUUUGUAAACACAGUAUACACACAGUUACAUAAUACUUGCAUUGACGUUAAAUCUAAACGAUCAGUGUACUGAAAUCCAGUCAACAACAUGAAAGAUCGAUGGCAUUGCUCUUUGUAAUGAUAGUUGUAGAAAUUUCUUGGAACAGUUUACGUGAAUUUGAUGUGACGUUACCUGCGGUUCCAUCAAUUUGUGUGCUGUUCGUUUUAAGGGAAACACCACUAUUGAGCAUACAGUGUAGCAUAGCACCAUACACAUUCACGCCUUAACCAGUGUACUUGCUUUAGGUUUAGUGGAGUUUGUUCAAAUGUUUCAGUAUAAAAGGACAAGAGUGAUUAGCCCAGUGUUUCACCAAAACAACUUGGCUGUGUGAAUAUAUUUAGAGGUGUAGACAGUAGGUGGAAGCACUUUAUGAGUGGUUUGUGAGAAGUUGUUAGAUUUAUUCAUAUAAAAAAUUGUAUAAAUUGUUUAAAGUGAUCUAGAUUUGUCUUAAACAGGUGUUGGAUUUGCCUACAAAAAUACACAAGGCCAUCCAGGUACUUGCAGGCUACAGCUGACUCACUGAAAUACUCGUCUCUCUAUAUAUGCCUGGUAUGAAUACAAAGAUGUCGUCAUCUUAACUACUAACUGCAGAGACGGGCAAAUUGGAAAUCUAUGGGAUCAAAUAAGGGUCGAUAAGAUUUUGUGUUCAGAAAAAAAUCAAAACCUUUUGUAAACCUGUGAAAAAACUUAAUGAAAACGUGGUUGUGGAUGUGUAGGAAAGAUUUACUGUUGUAGUAAAAUUUUGAGGAUGUCAAAAUUUGGGCACAAAUAAUAUCAACAGUGAGGCUACGCCAAGAAAAACUGCUUUUGUGAACAUCUGAUGCAGAUUCAAGCAGAAAACUGUGUCACCGAUAUUAAAGAUGAACACACAUUUAGGUUACACAUACAAAUUGAAGCCCUGUUUUUAUCACCAAAAUCAGGGCCAAAAUUUGCCCUAUAAAUUUCCCUUUAUUUUAUUAUUAGUAUGUGCCUUCUGCUUUGAAUCUGUACUCAACGAGCGCCUUGGUAGCUACAUUGCGAAAUUGCAUGCCACAUAACCACAACAUCCAUGGUUCGAGUCUGGUCUGGGAACUCUGUUGCAUGUCAUACCCCGGCCCUGUUACCUAUCUGCCUCCUCACUAUCAACUGUCCAGUUAAGACAAAAAAAACAAAACAAAAAAAGUCUUUCAAUGAAUAAAUCUGUACUCAGAUGUUCACACAAGCUGUGAUUUUCUCUAAUUAUUUGUGUAACCUCACCACUGAUAUAAUUUUGCUAAAUUUUAUUUAGACUUACUCAUAUGUUUUGUCUUCAAGAGUCACAAACCUGAAUUUUUCAUGCAGUUUUGCUGCAGAUUUCCAUAGGUAAUACACAAUGACAGAAUUUCAAAUUAUUUCUACAAUUUAUUUUCAAGCUGUAAAUCUUUUUGACCUUUACUCUAUGUAGCCCAUAGAUUACAGUGAAAGCUGUUAAGAUCUGGUUUGCUGACAAUCUAAAAGAAUUAUCGGGGAGUCUAUGAGGUUGUACCUUGCAGGUGCCGUGAUAGCUUUUAUAAAAGCAUGUCUGUAAUAACCCAAAACUGAAUUUGUGUUCUGCAAUUUUGAGCUCUGAUGAGACCAGUCAUCUGCCAGGCAUGAUUGAAACAAAACCCACACACUUACACUUCAACAUAUACUUUUUAAGGGCUAUUCCAUAUUAUUGUAUGUUUACUAGUUUUGAACUGUUGAGAUUAUGGCCCUUGGAUAAUUUCAAAACCGGGUAGCAGCAUCAAGCUUUAAGAUACUUUUACUCCCUACAACUCAAGAGUUUCUAAAUUGAAAAAGAAAGAAAAAUUCUAUCAUGUAAUUGCCAAAGUCCAAAUUAUAGUUUGUGUUUCAUUUUGUUGACUUUCUCAUUUGUUUUUGAGGCUUGUACUGUAAUUAUAUUGUUACCAAAUUGUUUCAGUGUUCUACCGUGAUUAUGUUUAUGAUAGAGAAAAUGUGCUAUCUUUGCUAAAAAGUUUAAAAAAGAGUCCUCUUAUAAAUAUAUUGGAAUGCCAGUUUAAGAGUAUAUUUGAAUGUGUCCAUAUGGAAGCCAGUAAAUGGUAUUAUUGUAUGUUAAGUAACUUGAAUGACUUUUAAUAACUUACAUGUUUGCAACUCAUAGUUGGCAUACUGGUAAUGAAUGUUUCUAUGGUAUUCUUUGUAUUGUCAGGACUGACUUACCUGUUUAGAGAUUUAUAUUUUCAUAAAUGUUGUACUUACAUUUUGUUACAGAGUUGUUUAACUGGAAUUCAAACAGAAAAGAAACUUAUGUCUGAAGCAAUAUGAAACUAGUGUGUAUGCAUUGUUUGUAUGAAACAUUUUAAUGUAAUAAAAUGGUUCACUUUUUGCCUCCA